AUGGCCACUAAGCGGCCAAGCCCCUCCUCUUCAGGUGAUACCCAGCCGGAGCAAAAGAGAACCCGACCUCAGCGGGGCGCUGCCACCAAGGCAUCGACCGUCAUCUCAGAGGCGGCUCGCAGUGAGAGCACGCUUGAACACAACUUGAGCAUUCCCCCUGAGGACCUGCUGCGUGAUGCCUUGGCACCCAUCAGGGACGUUGAGCAGAACGAGUGGAAGGCCUGGGUGGAGAUCGAAUCUGAUCCCGCAUUCUUCAACGGCUUGCUUCUAGACCUCGGCGCUCAAGACUUAAGGGUGACCGAGCUGUUCUCAGUAGACGAGGUUGACUUCCUCCCACAACCCGUACUCGGCUUUGUCCUUCUGUGCAAGUAUGCCGAGGAGGAUGACGAGGACACUGAAGAAGCCCCGAAAUCCCUCUGGUUUGCGAAUCAAACCAUGGCAAACGGGUGCGCCACUGUAGCUCUGCUCAACAUUCUCAUGAACUCGCCAGAAGUCCAACUUGGGGAGAAGCUGAGCGAGUUCAAGAAGACGACACAAGACCUCCCAUCCUUCCAGCGCGGCUACCGACUCGAGUCAGAUGCAAGCAUGCGGACAAUUCACAAUGCAUACGCCCGGCGCCUCGAGCUUCUGAAUGCAGAUCUCCUGCUCUCGAAUGAGUACGAGGAAUGCAAAGGUGUGCCGAUGGCCGAAAGCCCUCCAAAGAAUCGUGGCAAGCGGAAGACAAAGGCACAGAAGCGUCCCAACCCCAAGAAGAAAAGGCAUGAAGAAUCGUGCCAUUACAAGGCAUUCGUCCCCUUGGAUGGAAAGGUCUGGGUUCUGGAUGGACUGGAGUGGAACCCCGUUUGUCUGGGCGAGGCGUCGGCAGAGACCUGGAUCCCUCUCGCCAUCGAAGAACUCGUCAAGAAGCUUUCUGUCGCCGGGGACCUUUCAAGCAUCCUUGCCAUUUGCCAAAGCCCCACUGUGGCUUUGCGAAAGGAGCUUGCCGUCAACAUCAAGACCUUGUCAGCGGCGCGAGCAGCAGCCUCCGACGACACCAAGCCCGAGCCAGUUGAGGGCCGUUUCUACCUGGAGAAUGUCAACGAGGCUCAGCUACGGCAAUAUGGUGUGUCUUGGGCGAUGCUUGACGAGACUGAGCCAGACGAGUCACGACUGGCGGGCUCUGAUGGCCCUUCAAAACUCGAGCUUGUGCGGCGUCUGGAAACUGAGCAGGCCAGGAUCCAGAGCGAAUAUAACCAAGAGAUGCACCAGAUCCACGAUGUCGAGGAAAACUGCACAGGACGCAAGAAGAACUAUAUGCCGCUCGCCAACAAGUGGGUCGAGAAACUUGCCAAGCUGGGUGUGCUUGAGAGGCUGCUGGAUGAGUCCAAUUGA